AUGGCAGGUCUGCUACCAGUGGAUUCUUUGUAUGUGGAUAUUCUAAUAUCCAUCUGUAGAUCACCUGAAUUUCCUGGUGAUGAAUUGUUUGAGGAAAUCUCGAGAGUGUUGAAGCCUGGUGGAGUGAUUUUGAUCCACCUGACUUCUCAGUCUGCUACAGGGAACAUGAUUACGGCAAAGAAGCCUUCUUGGAAAAUUGGUUCAUCCUUUAUUAUCAAGAAAGCCUUGACAAAUUUACCCAAGGUCCAUAUUGAUGAUGACGUGGAUCUGAUAGAUGAAGAUACCCCUUAA